AUGAACAAGCAUACCAGCUUUAACCGCCACAAGAUGGCUGGUUACGAUGCAGAAGAGCUAAAGAACUUCUGGGAAAAUAUAAUUCAAGAACAAACUAAGCAACGAGAAGGUGAAGAGUCUAGAUUAAGCAAAAGCGCCUUGAACAAACUUCGCCAUGAAUGGACUCAGAGGCUGGAAGGACGAGCAAAGCAGGUCCAAGCGCACAUGAACAGGAAGAAGGAAGAGAUGACGCUGCUCUCCAUCGAGACUCUUCCCUCAGCAGACAAAACUGUUGCCUAA